GGCCACGCCUCUGCGACGCCAGCUGUCAGAGCCGCGCGGGGGGCGUGAGGGCUGGGUAUUGACUCCCCUCAUCGACCCUCAACCUCAAUCCCCACGCUGUAAGAAAACUCCGACUUUGUUGAGGCCUCAGGUGUAGCAGGGCUCCGCAGAGGAGGCACCUUCAACGUCCCCAUCCCAAUCUAAGUGCCUCUGGCUCUGACGACGCCUCGAGACUGCAGGGUGGGUGCUAAGGCUCGCAGAGCUGGUAGCAGGUGUCCGGGGCGGGCCUCUAACUUCCCGGAGACACUCAGGUUGACAUCUUGUCCUUCUUGGAGUUGGCAGUCCCGUGCCGCUGGAAACCGCGCCUCCACGCAGGAACCGUUAAGCGACUGGAUUAGAGGGAGGGCUCGAGGCAGCGUCACAGAGGAGCUGAAACGCGCCCCUUCCCUUCUCCUUUGGGGAGUGGGUUUGGGACGAGAAGGGAAGUCUUCAGCUGCUUCUCCAGCGAGCAUGGCCACCAGCGUCAGCGUGGACGAUCUUCUGCUGCCGAUCUCGCUGUCCUCCCAGCAGACCAUGCUUCUGCUGCUCCUCUCGGUGCUGGCCGCCGUGCACGCAGGCCAGUGGCUGCUGAGGCGGCGGCGGCGGCAGCCAGGGUCCGCGCCCCCGGGUCCCUUUGCGUGGCCGCUGAUUGGAAAUGCGGCGGCCCUCGGUCCCGCGCCGCACCUUGCGUUCGCGCGCCUAGCGCGGCGCUACGGCGACGUCUUCCAGAUAAGACUGGGCAGCUGCCCUGUGGUGGUCCUGAACGGCGAGCGCGCCAUCCGCCAGGCCCUGGUGCAGCAGGGAAUUGCCUUCGCCGACCGGCCGCCCUUCGCCUCUUUCCGCGUGGUGUCGGGUGGCCGCAGCCUGGCUUUCAGCCAGUAUUCUGAGCUCUGGAAGGCGCAGCGGCGCGUAGCGAACAGCACGAUGCGCGCCUUCUCCACGCGCCAGCUGCGCAGCCGCCGUGUCCUCGAGGGCCACUUGCUAGGCGAGGCGCGUGAGUUGGUGGAGGUGAUGGUGCGCGGCAGCGCGGGCGGCGCCUUCCUAGACCCGCGGCCGCUGGCAGUGGUGGCGGUGGCCAACGUCAUGAGCGCGGUGUGUUUCGGCUGUCGCUACAGCCACGACGACCCCGAGUUCCGCGAGCUGCUGAGCCACAAUGAGGAAUUCGGGCGCACGGUGGCAGCGGGCAGCCUGGUAGACACGCUACCCUGGCUGCAGCGCUUCCCCAACCCGGUGCGUACCGCGUUCCGCGAAUUCCAGCAGCUCAACCGUAACUUCAGCAACUUCGUCCUCGACAAGUUCCUAAGGCACCGCGAAAGCCUGCAGCCCGGCGCCGCCCCCCGCGACAUGAUGGAUGCCUUCAUCCUCUCGGUGGGAAAGCAGGCGGCGGAGGGCUCGAGCAACCACGGCGCGCGGCUCGACGCGGAGUACGUGCCGUCCACUGUCACCGACAUCUUCGGCGCCAGCCAAGACACUCUCUCCACCGCGCUGCAGUGGCUGCUCAUUCUUUUCACCAGGUACCCUGAAGUGCAGGCUCAGCUACAGGCAGAAUUGGAUCAAAUCGUGGGUAGAGACCGUCUGCCCUGCCUGGACGACCAGCCCAACCUGCCCUACGUCACGGCCUUUCUUUAUGAAGCCAUGCGCUACUCCAGCUUUGUGCCCGUCACCAUUCCUCACCAUACCACUGCCAACACCUCUGUCUUGGGCUACCACAUUCCCAAGGACACGGUGGUUUUUGUUAACCAGUGGUCAGUGAAUCACGACCCAGUGAAAUGGCCUAACCCGGAGGACUUCGACCCUACUCGGUUCCUGGACAAGGAUGGCUUUGUCAACAAGGACCUGGCCAGCAGCGUGAUGAUUUUUUCAGUGGGCAGACGGCGCUGCAUCGGGGAAGAGCUUUCCAAGAUGCAGCUGUUUCUCUUCAUUUCCAUCCUGGCUCACCAGUGCAAUUUCAAGGCCGAUCCAGAUGAGUCCUCGAAAUUGGAUUUUAAUUAUGGCCUGACCAUUAAACCCAAGUCAUUUAAAAUCAAUGUCACUCUCAGAGAGUCUAUGGAACUCCUUGAUAGAGCUGUCCAAGCUAGAGAAGACUGUCAGUGAGAAGCCAGAAGCAAGCUGGAAUUUUAGAAGUACUCAGUAUUUGGGGGAUAGGGAAUAAGAUUUUCUAGGUCCUCUGUGCCACUUUCUCAGCUGGCCUCUAAUGUGAGCAGAAACCUACAGAAACGAACCAGCAGCUGUGUUUUACAGAUGUAUCCUCAGAUCAGCAGUGGGCUCUGCAAGAGCUCUGGGAAGAUUUUUUGAGU